AUGAGUGAAGCCGCAUCGUUCGGUGCGGCGCACAUCGCACGAGGCAUCGGCCGCAUGUCCACCCAUGUGCUGGCGAAAGGCCAAGGAUCGUACCUUACGACAGACACGGGCAAACAUCUUCUCGACUUGACGUCAGGUAUCGGCGUUGUCAACCUUGGCCAUUGCCAUCCUCGCAUUACGGCCGCGGCGCAAGAGCAGGUUGGCACGCUGGUUCACGCACAGGUGAACAUCGGCUUCAGCCUGCAACAGAUCGAGCUUAUCAAGAAGGUGCUGAGGCACGUGCCGGACAGGAGUCUUGAUUCUGUCCUCUUUUGGAACAGCGGUUCCGAGGCGGUCGAGGCGAGCGUCAAACUUGCGAGGGCCGCCACUGGUCGCCAGAACAUCAUUGUCAUGCAGGGCUCGUACCAUGGGCGCACAAUGGGGACCAUGGCGAUGACCAAGAGCAAGACUAUCUACAGCACCGGAUUCGCUCCGCUUAUGCCGGGCGUCUUUGUCACGCCAUUCCCGUAUUACUCACAACUCGGCGUGGCACCCAACACACCAACAGACAAGAUGGUCUCACUUUGUCUUCACCAGCUGCGGCUCCUGCUCGCUCAGCAGACCGCGCCUAGUGACACUGCAGCGAUCAUCCUCGAGCCGGUCCUCGGCGAGGGCGGCUACGUGCCAGCUCCGAAAGCUUUUCUCGAGGGGCUGCGCAGCGUUUGCGAUCAGCACAACAUCCUGCUCAUCGCCGAUGAGGUGCAAUCAGGCUACGGUCGGACGGGAAAAAUGUGGGCGAUCGAGCACUCGGGCGUCCGACCGGAUAUCCUCAUCAGCGCCAAGGGUCUCGCGAACGGUUUCCCGCUCUCCAUGGUCGUCUCACGAAAAGAGCUGAUGGACAAGCAGGGUCCUGGAUCGAUGGGCGGUACCUACGCCGGCAACGCCGUCUCCUGCGCGGCUGCCAAUGCUGUCAUAGACACGUUCGAGCAAGACAAGAUCCUUGACAAUGUCGCAGCGCGGAGCAAGCAAAUGUUUGACUUUCUUCACCAGCUGCAGCAGAGCGGUUCCAAAGCUGGCAAGUAUAUCCAGGACAUCCGAGGCCUCGGCUUGAUGGUUGGGCUGCAAUUCUCGCAGGACCAAGGGGCUUCCUCCUCAUCUCUUCCCGCCGCAUCGUCCGACAGCACCGCCGCGCUAUACCUAUUCGAGGUGGAUGGCACAAAGCACGCACAGCUUGCGCCGCAGGUUGUACAAGAGUGUCUCAAGCGCGACAUGCUCUUGCUCAGCACCAGCACACAAGAUGUGAUACGCUUCAUUCCUCCGCUUACAAUCACCGAGGAAGAGCUAGCCCAGGCGUGCAAGAUCUUCAAAGAAAGUCUAGAGGCUGUCGUCUCGCGGCUCUAG